CGGCUGGGGCGGAGCGUGCGGCGGGCCGGGCGAGGAGGCGGGACACGUCGGCGCUGCCACGGCCGCCGCCGCCCCUCCUCCGGUUCCAGCCGCCGCCGCCGCCGCCGCCGCUGCCGCUUCCUGGGCCGAGCCCGUCCCGCGGCCCCAGCGGCGCCAGGUGCCUUCGCCCGCCUGGGCUCCGCCAGCACCGUCUCCGCCCGCGUCCCGGCCCCGCCGCCGCCGCCGACAUGGCGACACGCUCCUGCCGGGAGAAGGCUCAGAAGCUGAACGAGCAGCACCAGCUCAUCCUGUCCAAACUGCUGAGGGAGGAGGACAACAAGUACUGCGCCGACUGCGAGGCCAAAGGUCCCCGGUGGGCUUCCUGGAAUAUUGGUGUGUUUAUUUGCAUCAGAUGUGCUGGAAUUCAUAGAAAUCUUGGGGUUCAUAUAUCCAGGGUCAAGUCAGUCAAUCUAGACCAAUGGACGCCAGAACAGAUACAGUGCAUGCAAGAUAUGGGAAAUACUAAAGCAAGACUACUUUAUGAAGCCAAUCUUCCAGAGAACUUUCGAAGACCACAGACAGAUCAAGCAGUAGAAUUUUUCAUCAGAGAUAAAUAUGAAAAGAAGAAAUACUAUGAUAAAAAUGCUAUAGCUAUUACAAAUAUUUCCUCCUCUGAUGCCCCUCUUCAGCCUUUGGUAGCUUCUCCUUCUCUGCAAGCUGCUGUCGAUAAAAACAAAUUAGAGAAAGAAAAGGAAAAAAAAAAGGAAGAGAAAAAGAGAGAAAAGGAGCCAGAAAAGCCUGCCAAACCACUAACAACUGAAAAGGUGCAGAAGAAAGAAGAUCAACAGCUCGAGCCUAAGAAAAGCACCAGCCCAAAAAAUGCUGCAGAGCCCACUGUUGAUCUGUUAGGACUUGAUGGUCCUGCUGAGGCACCAGUGACCAAUGGGAACACAACCACAGUGCCACCCCUGAAUGACGAUCUGGACAUUUUUGGACCAAUGAUCUCUAAUCCUUUACCUGCAACUGUCAUGCCUCCAGCUCAGGGGACAGCCUCUGUACCAACAGCUGCUAGCCUGUCUACCGUAACAUCUGGGGAUCUGGAUCUGUUCACCGAGCAAACUACAAAGUCAGAAGAAGUAGCAAAGAAACAACUGUCCAAAGACUCCAUCUUAUCUCUAUAUGGUACCGGAACACAGCAGAGCACUCCUGGUGUGUUUAUGGGAUCCACAAAUAUACCAUUUACCUCACAAGCAGCAACUGCAUUUCAAGGUUUUCCUUCCAUGGGCGUACCAGUGCCUGCGGCUCCCGGUCUCAUAGGAAAUAUGAUGGGACAGAAUACAAGCAUGAUGGUGGGCAUGCCCAUGCCCAAUGGGUUUAUGGGAAAUGCACAGACUGGAGUGAUGCCACUUCCUCAGAAUGUUGUUGGCCCUCAAGGAGGAAUGGUAGGACAAAUGGGUGCACCGCAGAGUAAGUUUGGCAUGCCACAAGCUCAGCAGCCUCAGUGGAACCUCUCACAGAUGAAUCAGCAGAUGGCUGGCAUGAGUCUCAGUAGUGCAAACCCUCCCACAGGUUUUGGCCAGCCCCCCAGCACAACAGCAGGGUGGUCUGGAAGCUCAUCUGGGCAGACUCUGAGCACACAACUGUGGAAGUGAAAAGCUGCAACAGAGUUCCAUCCAAAACCAACACCCGACAUUCCUCACUACAAAGGCAUCUAGUUCCCGUUUAUUCAUGUACAUAUGUAUUUUCUUUAACCCCAUUUGUUCACAUUAAGAAUUACCUGAUUGACCGUGUUGGUCUGUGCUGAUUAAAUUAGAUGUGAAAGCAGGUUGAGAAACCAUCUUCUGUGGAGGGCAGCUUUGCUCAUAUUUCCCAUGAUGUCAUAAGCCACAUUGAGAAGCUGCUCAGUUAACUUGCAUAAUCGGUUUUAUUCUCAAAAUUAUAGCUCUGAUGUUUGCAUAUAAGGGAAGUAGUUAUCAUGUUAGUAAUACUUCUAACAGUAUAAACCCCAACCCCAAAUUAGCCAGUAAUCCUGUAGGAAGGUACUGUAUGAUCAAAUGUCUAAUCAUAUAAAUAGAAUGUAAAUGUAUCACUGAGCACUGUUUUCUAGUGUAUCAAAUUCUUUUCUCCAUCACUCACUUCACUGUGCUGUUGUUACGAUGUGCUUAACAGGGAAUGUGGUUAGUGAAAGGAAGAUAAACCUGGAUGUUACUGUCAAACUGAUGAAGGUUUCAAGAAUUCAGAUUUUUGCUGCCUCUUGUAAUUUGGACCUCCUCUCAUGUACAUAGUGCUAUCAUGAAGACCUUUUUUCUGCACUAUAUGCACACAGGGUAACUAAAACAAAGCCACUUUUAAUCCUUGAACGUAUAUCCAGGCUUAUGACAGUAAUUGUGUUUACAUUUUAUGGUGCCUAGUAUUGACAAAAUGUUAUUUCCCUAUAUUAAACAGAUGAAUCCACACACCUUUUUUAUUUGUGGGUUUUAUUUUCUACAGUGUACACUGCCACCACCUUUCCAAAUAUUUCAUGUUGUGGAGCCUAGAAAUGGGACUGUUUAGUUGACAAAAUGGUCUAGUUGACAAAAUCAUCAGGUUCUAAAGCCUGUUCCAUCAUUUAUGAGAUGGCUGGAGGGAGGGAGCAGCAAUACAUGAGAUACUCAGUUUUUUUUUUCAGUGUCAUGUAGUUCAUUGUACAAAAAUCUUCCCAGUUAAGUUUUUGAGAACACAUGCAGAACAAAUGGAGACAACACAUUUUGUAGCAUCCAGUUAGCUGUUUAACCAGAUGUCCAUCGGCUGCCAGGAAAGACUGAAGAAAAAGGAACAAUACCUGAAUGAGCUGCAGCCUAAACUCCAGACUUCCCCUUCUACACCUGCUGGUCUUGGCGGCUACACCUCAAUGUUCACUGUGUCCAGGUGGGACUUGGGCUCAUUGGCUAGAUUGACCUUCUCUGUUCGAGUGUGCCACACGAGAACCUAUGGAGGAGGGCGAUAGUUUCAGCAGCUGCACUGUCAACACUCAAGGUUCAACAGCGUGAGGGAGAUGAAUAAAUACCUUGGUGCAGUUACUAGCUUUUGGUUCCAGUUCUUCAACUGUUGUUAUCUGCUUCAGAAAGUCAGAUUCUUGCAUCCCUGGCUGGGAUCCACGGCGCUUAAAUACAGCUUUAGGAUUGGACAAGAUGACUUGUAGACUCACAGCAAAGCCUUUGUAUGAAAUAAAGAAAAAGAAUUAUUGGUGUA